AUGAUAGAGGUCAUUUACAUUGUGCGGCACGCGUUUCGCUCCAACUGGGCGGUGGAUCCGCAGACGGGCACAUACACGGCAUUGAUGGUCAAGACGCCAACUGGCAUACCAACAGAUCCACCAUUAACGUCCAAGGGGGUCCAACAGUCGAAAGAGCUAGCAGAGCAUUUGUGCAAGAUACAACCCCCGAUUGAACGCAUCUACUCAAGCCCCUUCUAUCGAUGUCUACAGACAUUACAGCCUACCACAGCCAGACUUUUCGCAGAGGGCAAGGUGAAGGGCAAGAUCAGAGUCGAUCGAGGCAUUGGAGAAUUCUUUGGCCGCGCCAACUGGGAGCAUCCUUCACCGCCUACCCUUCAGAUCUUGACUGCUCAUUUCGACAACCUGGAUCAAGAGUAUGUCUCCGUGCAUAUGCCUCCCGCCAAGGGUGAAAUGAUUGUGGAGCUUCAUGAACGUGUCAGGAGAGCGCUGGAUCACAUCAUUACGACACUUGACAAUGACCCGGAGCAGCCAAAGACAGUAAUUCUAUGCACUCAUGCGGCUACAAUGAUCGCAGCUGGCCGGGUGCUGACCGGUCAGAUGCCAGAUGACCCAGACGAAGAGGAUUUCCACUGCUACACAGCAGGCCUAUCCAAAUUCAUACGGAGGACUGACGGUCCUGGCAAAAGUGUUGUUGGGAACUGGGGUUGCGAGCUCAACUCAGAUACCUCGUACCUUUCCGGUGGAGCAGAGAGAGGCUGGCAUUUCAAUGGCGAAGAAAAUAUGAUACAUGCCACAGAAGCAUACGCUGUUCAGGCAGAUAAUCGACUGCAUAGUCCACGUCUACAAAGCCAUGAGCUUUCCACAUCGCUCCAAAGGUUAAGACUACGUCCAAAUAAGCUCAUCCACAUCCCCCGUAAUUUCCUCGUAACUCAUGCGAAACCCACAAAGUCUAGGCCACAGAUUUUGUGCCCAUAUAACACAUAUCCUGCGGCCCAACUGCAGGCCAAUCGGGUGUGCAUUCCCUACCAAAUAUGCGAGCGAGCUUCACAACGUCCAGUUGCCUGA